AUGGAGACGCUGCGUUGGGACAACGCAACCAUGGUGACUGAGUUUAUCCUUGUGGGUCUCUCCACAAACCCCCGAGGGCGUGCUGCCUUGUUUGUCCUCUUCUUGGUUAUGUAUCUAAUUGCAGUAGCCGGAAAUGGUCUCAUUGUGGUGCUGAUUGUGGCGGAUUCGCACCUCCACACGCCCAUGUAUUUCUUCCUCAGCAACCUCUCCUUCAUUGAUGUCUGCUAUGUCACCACUUCUGUCCCACAGAUGCUUGCACACUGCUUCACAGGCAGGCCCACUAUUCCCUUUGGCAGAUGCUUUGCACAAAUGAGCAUUGCUCUUUUUUUAGCAGUGGCUGAGUGCCUUUUGCUAGCUGUCAUGGCUUACGAUCGCUUUGUGGCCAUAUGCAGCCCACUGCGCUAUAGCCUAAUCAUGAGUCGAAAGGUAUGCAUCCAGCUGGCUGUCAGUCUGUGGACCAGUGCUUUCCUCUUGACCAUUGUUCCUUUUUUUAGCAUGCAGGCACGGCUGUGUGGGAAGAAUGUGGUGAAUCAUUUUAAAUGUGAGCUCCAAGCAGUUUUAAAAUUGGCUUGUUCUGACACCCAUGCAAGUGGGAUAAGCAUGCUGAUAACCAGUGUCUUCACUCUGUUAUUCCCCUUCACCUUCAUCCUGGUAACCUAUGGGCGCAUUGAUGUGGCUGUUCUACGCAUCCGUUCUGCCCAGGGCCGGGGUAAGGCCUUGUCAACUUGCAGUUCUCAUCUGGCUGUGGUGGGCAUUUUCUAUGGCACAGCCUUGGUCAUGUACCUGAGGCCUCAGACCACGACUUUCACAGACAGAGAAAAAGUGGUAGCUGUGUUUUAUGGAGUUGUCACCCCUAUGCUCAACCCUUUGAUCUAUAGCCUGAGGAACAGGGAUGUGAAGGGAGCCCUGUGGAGAGUGAUUGGAAGGAAAGUGCCGGAAUAA